AUGGAAAAUCUACUUAGCAUUGAACAAGAAAACAUAUUCUACGCAGACAAAGCUCAGUGUGAAGCAGCUUGUUCAGGCGCUGACGCUUCAAUCUCUUGUGCCACUGGUAACGAUUUUCCCAGCAGCGGGUGUGUACCUGGUCGUGCAGUUCGAUGCUGUAGAUGAGCGAUUUCCGAGCUAUAUCGUCGUACCGUGCCUGUCCAUUGGUGAGUGGUAA